CUUGGACCAGGUCUCUGUGGUAAAGUUGAACCAUCUCCUGCUUUAUCAUUUGAAGAGUUUCUUAUCAUUUUAUCAUCAGGAGCAUGAGAUCAUACCAACACCAUAUACACUCCCAGCUGUUGUUCCUGGGUUAGGUAAUUAUCAAGCCUUUAUGAUUGCUGUUACUGUCAUUCAGAAGGGGAAAAAAAUGGAAAAAAGGGGGCGUUUGGAGAGACACAGUCUUGACAGGCUUUAUAAAGACACACUCUAAGUGCGAACCUCCAAGUGUGAACAUGAGCUGCAGACGCACAGAUUGCAUCUCAAAGCCUCUGUCGGGCCUUUUUGGGAAACUUGGAUCCACAGUAGGCUCCUAUCCCUUUUAUUUCUUCAUAAUCCCUCUUUUCCUCUCGGCAGCACUCGGCGUAGGCUUCAUUAAUCUCGACCGCGUGGCAGACAAUGAUCUUGAGCGGCAAUUCACGCCGAGGAAAGGACCCUCGAAGGUGACGAGAGCGUUUGUGCGGGAAAACUUCCCCUACAAUGACUCUAUGUUUACCGAAGACAGGCUGUAUGACAAACCUGACUUUGCAUCCCUCAUCGCUGUGGCCAGAGACAACCUAGACAUCCUGGAAGGUCCUGCCUUCGAGGAGAUCCUCAGACUCAACGAUAAGAUUCUUAACAUCACCGUGGGCAAUGGAACACGGGGAUUCAGUGACUUGUGCGCCAUAACCAAUGGAGAAUGCAUCUCCAAUGUCAUCCUGGACAUUCUUAGCUCCAGUGAAGCUGGACCGACCAGCCUCACCUACCCAGAAUACACGUACAGAUCCAGAUCGGUGUUUUUGGGCUUUGUGCUCGGCGGCGUCAAGACAGACGGCCGAGGCUCGGUGAGAAGUGCUCAUGCUAUGAAGCUCUCGUACUUCUUGGGGGAUCAUGAAGCUGAAGCCUCCAAAUUAUGGCUGAAAGGAUUUAAAAGCCUGCUGUCUGACGAGAUGAACCACCAAUACAUCGAUGUGUCGUACUACACCUCCAAGUCCAAGCAGGAGGAGAUUGACAGUCACACCACAGAUGGCUUCCCUUUAUUCCUCAUCACGUAUGCCUGUGCUAUCACCUUCUCAGUUCUAUCCUGCCUGAGGAUGGACAACGUGAGGAACAAGGUGUGGGUGGCUGUGUUUGGCGUCCUCUCGUCUGGCCUGGCUGUCCUGUCCUCCUUUGGCUUGCUGCUCUACAUCGGAGUGCCGUUCGUUAUCACCGUCGCAAACGCUCCGUUCCUGAUACUCGGAAUCGGCCUCAACAACAUGUUCAUCUUGGUGUCCGACUGGCAGCACACACAUGUCAACGACCCGGUGCCGGAGCGAAUGGCCCACGCCUACAAAGAAGCCAUCAUGUCCAUCACCAUCACCGCCCUCACCGACGUCCUCAAGUUCUUCAUCGGCGUCACGUCCGACUUCCCCUCGGUCCAGUACUUCUGCCUCUACACCGCCACCUCCAUCAUCUUCUGCUACAUCUACACCAUCACCUUCUUCGGAGCCUUCCUGGCCCUGAACGGGAGGCGGGAAGGCAGCAACAGGCACUGGCUGACCUGCAGGAAAAUACCAUCCAACCGACCCGAUGGCCGCUCUACGAUGUACAACAUCUGCUGUGUGGGGGGUGACUACGAUAAGAGCACUGGAGCGGAGAAAAAACACCCAGCGAAUAAUUUCUUUAAGGAUUACUACGGCCCGUUUUUGAUCAAGCCCUGGGUCAAGGGAGUGGUAAUCUUCCUCUAUGUAGCAUAUUUAGCUGUGAGUAUUUAUGGAUGUUUCCACAUACAGCAAGGGAUUGAGCUUUAUGAUCUGGCAGCUGAUAACUCCCACGUUACAAGAUUCAUGAAGAAAGAUAGGGAGUAUUUCUCUGAUUAUGGUCCAUCUGUGAUGGUUAUUGUGACUGAGGCCUUCCCAUAUUGGGAUAAAACCAAGAGGCAUCAACUUCUAACUUGCAUGGAGAACGUUAAAACCCUUGACUUUGUAGAUAAGGAUGUCUACACAUCCUGGCUGGACUCCUAUUUGUCAUAUGGCCAAGAAAAUCAUCUGAACCUCGAUGAUAAAGAUGUUUUUCUCAAGAAUUUGUCUCCCUUUUUUGAGUUGUUACCCUUCUUCAAGCAAGACGUGAACCUCACCGGAGAUGUCAUCUUCGCAUCCCGGGUUUUCAUCCAGACAGUGGACUUGUACAGCGCCAAGAUGGAGGUGGACAUGCUCGAAGGUCUCAAAUCCACCGUGAGCAAGUGCAGCAUAGCCUCUUUAUCAGUUUACAACCAGGAGUUCAUCUUCUACGACCAGCACAGCGUGGUGGUAAAAAGCACCAUUAAGAAUGUUGUCGUGAUCACAGCGGUGAUGUUGGCCGUAUCGAUGCUGCUGAUUCCCAACCUGCUGUGCUCGUUGGGCGUGGCUUGUUCCAUUGGUUCGGUGACCGCGGGGGUGACCGGUUUCAUGGCUCUGUGGGACGUCGGCCUGGACUCCAUCUCUAUGAUCAUCUUCAGCGUCUGCAUCGGAUUCACCGUCGAUUUCUCCGCUCACGUUUCAUACGCCUUCGUCUCCAGCAAGAAACCCAACGCUGACGAGAAGGCCAUCGAGGCUCUGUCCAAUCUAGGAUACCCGAUUCUUCAAGGCGCCUUGUCCACCAUCUUGGGUGUGUCAGUGUUAGCGACGGGUCACUUCAACACCUUCAGAACGUUCUUUAAGAUCUUUUUCCUUGUCAUGCUUCUUGGGAUGAUUCAUGGCCUCGUUUUCAUCCCCGUCAUGCUGACAGCGGUGACAUGCGGCACAGAGGAAGAGCAAGAAGAUAAACGUGAAACCGCAGAGAGGAUCAGCAAACUGUGACCAAGGGCUGUGAGGCUGUUUAGAUGUGUUCAAAAACAUUUGCUUUAAAAGUGAAUGAAAAAUCAGUAUAAGCAAUUGCUUAAACAUUUGUUGAAUGAUUUUAACAAUUAUUGACUUUAAAACAACUAAAAUUAUCCAAAUAAAUGACACCUUUUUUUAAAAUAAAUACCUAUAUUUACAUUGGGUUUACAUUUAGGUGCGUUUUGUAAGUUAUUUGCGUUUAUAUUCAUUCUGUUGUUUUUGUCCAGAUCAAUCAGACUAAUUGAUGAUAACAUUGUUUUUGUAUUUUAUCCUCAAUGUUUUACUUUUUCUUUCUUUUUAAUCAAUCAUUGUGUUUAAUCCCUCCCCCCCUUUACAUGACUGUGUACUGUAUUUCAAUAUAUGUAGAUUGUGUUUGUUUUAAAGGCCUUUGUACUUUUGUGCUUUGAAAAUAAAGUGCAUUAUUUUCAGUAUUAUUGGAAUUUCCAGUGAGUUUUUUUUAACUAGUUUUGCAUAUAAUUAAUAUUUAGUUAUAGAUAGACUGGGUUUCGAUGAUACUUAGAAGGAAGAGGAUCUAUGAAUCUGGUGUAUGGAGUCCCACAAGGAUCAUUUCUUAGGCCCCUUAAUUUCAAUCUACACUUGCUUCCCCAUUUUUCAAAAUCUGCUCAUCAGUUACGCAGAUGACACCCACAUCUAUCUAGCACUCUCACUGAAUGACGAUGGUCACAUAGACUUGCUUUGCUGUUGUCCUGAGUAAAUAAACAAGUGGCUGAAAGAAAAUUUCCUGAAAUUAAACAAGAUAACACUGAAAUAAUUCUGUUUCACAAUAAAAAAAGAAGGCACGAUUGUUAUCUUUAACGCAGGGCAAUAAAAGAUAAGAGAAACUUUAUUGAUGUCGUCUCUCACUGGGGAAUUUUACACAAACAUUUCACCAGUUUCACACGAACUGCUAAUAAAGAAAGCUGCCAUAACUUGCUGCCACUCACAAGGCAAAAGUGCAACCAGGGCAAGAAACUGGGUCUUGGUGUUUUUUUAUCUGUAGAGUGGAUUAAUACAAUAAACUCCUUACUUAGAUUAUCAGUGUUAUUAUAAAGUCUGGUUUAGACUGCCUGUAUUUUUUAUUCACUCUGUUUUGUUGUACACUUUAUCUUGUACAUGCUUUUAUUUUUCUCAUUUCUUCUUUUUCACUCAGGAAUUUUAAAAUUAGUCUAGAAAUCUGUCUACUGUACUGUUUUAUUGAAUUCAAAUGACAUAUUUCAUUUUAUUUGACUGUAAAAUCCUUCAUGAACUUGCUUGCUUGUGUAGUUAAUUAUAAUUUAGGUGUCAGCAACUAUAAAGUUCAUUGGGUUUGUUUCUUUUUUGUACUUGCCAAUAAAGUUACAGAAUAAACUCUGUUCCCUUUUCAUGUGCGCUUGUGA